CCUCGCGAUAAAAUCAAUCGACAACCUUUUUUGACAACAACCCAAAAGACGUCAAAUCACCGCAAACAUGGCUGACGAAUACGUAAGUAUCAAAUUCUCAUAUUCCUUUCCACACAUCAUCGUCUGCGAUUGUUCGCAGAUGCGCAUAUGUGUAGAUGACGACGACGCACCUUCGAGUCUGAAGAGAACGAGAACCACCUGCUAACAAAUAUUCUUCAAUUACAGGACGCUGAGGCCGCUGCCGAGAUCAAAAAGAAGAGAACCUUCAAGAAGUUUUCCUACCGUGGAAUUGACCUCGAGCAGUACGCCUCCCACACAUACCUACGAUGAAGAAUUCAAAGGGGAUCUUUCUUUUUCAUAAAAAGACAAGCUAACCCUCUAUUCUUUCGAACAGACUCCUCGAUCUCUCCUCCGACCAACUCCGUGAUGUCGUCCACGCACGCGCUCGUCGUCGUUUCAACCGUGGAUUGAAGCGCAAGCCUAUGGGUCUCAUCAAGAAGCUCCGAAAGGCCAAGCAGGAGGCCCAGCCAAACGAGAAGCCGGAUCUUGUCAAGACUCAUCUGCGAAACAUGAUUGUCGUUCCCGAGAUGAUUGGUAGCGUUAUCGGUAUCUACUCUGGAAAGGAGUUCAACCAGGUCGAAAUUAAGCCUGAGAUGGUUGGACACUACUUGGGAGAAUUCUCUAUCUCUUAGUAUGUUUUGCCCCUCGUCACAUCGGUCUAGGUUUGAGAAUAUCUGCUAACAUGUUAAACAGCCACCCAGUCAAGCACGGAAGACCUGGUAUUGGUGCCACCCACUCUUCGCGUUUCAUUCCUCUCAAGUAAACUGGUUGCUUGGAUGGUGUUCUGGGGGUUCAAUUGGGAUUUACAUAUGGCUGCAUUUACGACUCUCUCAGCAUAAAUGGUAUGCUCUUGU